AUGGUGCUGCUGAGUUUGAGUCUCUUCGGCGUUUGCCUUUGCCUCUUCUUCUACAUCUGGUCCUUUGUGAAGGACCUGGUGAGUCCCAGCAGCCUGCCCGAGUACUUUCGCCCCUGCUGGAAUCUCCUCGCGAGCCGCAUUCCCAUGAAAGAUCUAUCCGGAAUGGGGCGGUUCCUGUGUCUCCCACUUGGACUGAAUCGAAGGCUCUACGUCCUCAACGAUCAUCGGGACAUCUCGGAGGCGUUGGGGAAGUCCAAAGCUUUCUGUGGCCGACCGCAGAGCUUUCUCGUUCUCAUCGGUGGCCAUCAAGGGAUCGUAUUUGGAGAAGGGACGAUCCGGAACCUACAAAAGACAUUUGUUGCUCGGCAUUUCAAGAACGCCUGCAAGGGGAACUUCGGCUGGUACAUGGAGGAAGAAAUGAAGGAACUCUGCACCCGCCUCCAGGCUUCUGCGGGGAAGACGGCGAACGUGGACGCGGAACUGAAGACGACGGUGGGGAAGAUUGUGGGCCGAUUGAUGCUGGGGCAGCUGUACCACAGUUCUGGGUUGGACAUGGCACAAACCACGGACCAGAUCCAGGCCAUUUUGGAGGUCGCCAAUCAAGUCAAUAUCCCGAGUUACAUCCCUGAGUUACAGUUUUUCCUCGUUCCAUGGAAAAGGAACCCAUUUUCCUUGUUCAUGAACUUCUUCCGAAUGUUGAAGACCGUAAAGCAUUGCCUCAGAGCAGCAGAGAAAGCGGAUUUAAACCAAGUGGAUGGGGGAUUGACGGGGGAGUUCGUUUCUAUCGGAUCUCUCAAGCCCCACGAGGAUGCAUACCGAGGACCUCAACUGGAGGCAUGCCUAAGAGACAUCCUCGUGGGAGGGCUGGAUCCUCUCUAUUGCGCCCUCAGAUGGACCAUCCUUUGCCUAGCUCAAAAUCCUCGCGUGCAGACCAAGCUCCAGGAGGAACUGGAUUCUUGGAGGACGACGGCAAACUGUGAAAUCAGUUACGAGGAGAGGGAGAAGCUACCUUACACCACUGCGACGAUGUUGGAAGUAUUUCGAAUCGGUGCCAUCGUUCCAGUUGCUUGCCAUGCGAACACGUCCGGAGCUGGAGUACUGAACGGCCAGAAAAUUCCUCGGGGUUCCUACCUGUAUAGCAAUAUCUACGCCGCUCUAAGGAACCCCAUGCAUUGGGAAGAGCCCGAUAAAUUCAUGCCAGAGAGACACCUGGAUGAAAGUGGAAGGAUACGGAUACAGUCAGGCUUCAUCCCCUUCAUUGUCGGUCCUCGAAGGUGCUUGGGGGAAAAUCUAGCCAAGCAGUUUCUCUUCGCUUUCCUGGUCCAUGUGAUCUCAAACUAUUUUAUUUCUGUACCAUCGGACCAGCAGUUGGAUUCUAAUGGGAUAUUGGCUGUCACCUGGGCUCCAUCAUCUUAUCAAGUCAAGCUUGAACUCUGGUUAUGGAGCACUCUGAAAAACAUGUACUACACCAAGCCUGCAAAUGUCCAGCAGCUGAAAGCUGCCAUCAUCACAGCUAUCCAGGAUAUCACUUCAGCCAAAUCCCAUCAAGCAAUGGAGCACUUGUAUGGGCGGCGAAAAAUUCAGGUGGCAUAUGAGAAGCGCCAGUUUUCAUCAGCACACUUGCCUGAAUAUGAUGCUACGGAACCCACUACAGAAGGUUCUCACUCCUCAAGUGUGAUAGUUCGAGAUGAGCUUGUUCUUGUUCCUGAGCCUGGUGGUCUCACCAAUGGAGAAAUACUUCAUAAAGCAGAGCCAAAGAAGGAUGGGGUUAAGAAGUUAGGCUCCUCCCAAAAACAGCUGGAAAGGCAGCUGACUCAAACACUCCAUUUUGAAUUUGGAGAUUCAUUUGACUACAUCAAGGCAGGAGUGGAAGCAAUCAUUGAAGAUGAAGUUACAAAGCGGUUUGCAGCUGAAGAACUUCAGGCAUGGAACCUGCUGACAAGGACGAACUUGAAUUAUGAGUUCAUCAGUGUGAAACUUACAGUGUUGUGGUUCAUUGGCUUUUUGAUUCGUUAUACUUUGCUCCUUCCCAUGCGCAUCCUUCUCACAUGUGCUGGUAUUUUCUGGUUGGUGACUUCAACAGUUGUGGUUGGGUAUUUUCCAGAAGGAGAGCUCAAACGUUGGAUGAAUGCAAAAGUGUCUCUUAUUUGCUUCCACAUUCUUUGUCAAGCUUUGUCUGGAGUGAUAACAUUUCACAACCCAGAGAAUAAGCCAAAGGGUGGAAUAUGUGUUGCAAACCACACAUCACCCAUAGAUGUUCUCCUACUGGCUUGUGACAAUGUUUAUGCCCUUGUUGGUCAGAGACAUGGGGGUUUUCUUGGAGUUAUGCAACGAGCAUUGAGCAGAGCCUCAUCCCACAUUUGGUUUGAGAGAUCAGAGAUGAAGGAUCGAAGCAUUGUGGCUGCUAAGUUACGGGAGCACGUCAAUAACCCAGAAAAGCCUCCAAUCCUCAUAUUCCCAGAGGGAACAUGCAUCAACAACACAUCAGUCAUGAUGUUCAAGAAGGGGAGCUUCGAAAUUGGAUGCCCAGUUUAUCCUGUUGCAAUUAAAUAUGAUCCCAGAUUUGGAGAUGCAUUCUGGAACAGCAAUCGUGAUGGCUACAUGAAGUAUUUGUCCAUGAUGAUGAGCAGCUGGGCUAUAGUAGCUGAUGUAUGGUAUCUUCCUCCAAUGGAGAGGACAGAAGGGGAAUCUGCUGUGAAUUUUGCCAAUCGAGUCAAGGCAGAGAUAGCCAAGCAAGGAGGGCUUGUAGACCUUGUGUGGGAUGGUCAGUUGAAACGAAUGCAUGCCAAACAGGAAUGGAAGGAGCGUCAGCAGGAAGUGUUCAGUCAGCGAUUGAAGAGUCACUAAUUGUCUGGGAGAAGUCAUUUUAAUUAGUCACUCCUAUUGAAAGGCAUUCCACUUAAUCUUUCUUUGUCACAGGGCUGCAUCUUUUUGUUCAAUGUCCCAGGAUAUUGUCGUUUUACUUUUACUCCCUCUAGGUCAUUGUCAGAACCAGGUGGAAGACUCUUCAAGUUUUUUCCUGAGUUCAGGUCUAUAUAUUCGUGUAACCUUGGAUACCUGGUGGUACAGUAGAUUUGUCACAUAUUUCAUUCAUAAUUCUGGUGCAGGCGUUCAAUCAGAAAUGUACCCCUCACCUGUUAUAGUUAGUGCUUACCAGUCGUCACGGGUAUCCCAUCGGGAUGGCAUUUUCUUUGCUCGAUUGGAAAGCCCUCUCUAGUCACAGUUUCGCGUGAAUAUUCUCAAGAAAGCUGCAAUGUCAUGGAUCAAGUAUGCAUAUGUUCCAAGAAGGAGCUCUUUCAACUGACUUGAUUCCAAAAGUACUGUGAUAUAGAUAUUUUCUGUUUUUGCUAAGAGUAGAAUUUUAAUAUUGUUAAUAUUGUAUCUUUUGUGAGUACCGUAUCAUGUUGUUCAUGGUGGAUAGCUUAAAUAAAAGGCCUGGGCAC